AUGGAGCGGGAAAUAAGAAAUGAUGAAAAAUUAGACUCUGAAAGACCGAAAUUAUAUCAAUAUAGAUGGAUCAUUCUGCCUUUUUACAUAACAGCCGUUUUUGUAAACAAUAUCCCUGGAGAAAUUUAUGUUUCCAUUUCCAAUGAGCUUAUAGAGAUUUAUGACACUUCAGAAACUUUGGUAACUAUGGCAUCAACAAGUUAUAUGAUUAUGCAUCCAAUUUUAUCAAUACCUUGUUCUUAAUGUAAGUAUCCUUUAUCUAUAGAUCAGUCAUUGUAAAUUAUGGAUGGGCAACAUCCUCUAAAAUUGGGGUAAUUUUAACAAUUCUUGGAAGUUUAGUAAAAUUGUUCGUUAAUUACACAGAGUAUCAUCAUAAUAUUAUAUCAUUAUAGUUUUUAUAUGAUUGUGAUUGGUUAAAUUUUAAUUGGAGCUGGGAAACCAUUCAUACUUAAUUGUUAAGCCACAAUGGCAUAAAAUUGGUUUUAUCCAGAAUCUAGACCUAUAAUUAUAACAAUUAUGAAUGUAUUAAAUCUUAUAUCUAGUGUUUUUACAUUUAUGAUACCAGGUAAGUUUAUAUUUGCUGGAUAUUAGUAUAAUGGAUCAAUAGAGUCAAUAGAAAAAGGAAUGGAUCUUGUAAGUAAACUAAAUAGAAUAUUACUAUACCUUUCUAUUGUAUUGUUGCUAUGUCUUUUUACUUUAAAGAAUAAUCCUCCAACACCUCCUUCAGAGUUAGUUAAAUAAGAAGAAAAAUCAAAGAAUAUAAAGAAAACCCUCAUUAAAAUAUUUUCAAAUAAGCAAUUUCUAUUUUGUUUUUAGGCUUAUGCUCUUUUUAUGGGAUUGACAAAAUCCUUAAUGAUUGUCUUAUCAUAUCUUUUUAAAGCUUGUGGUUAGGGCAAGGAAUAAGUAUCUAUUGCAGGUUCAAUUGUGAAUAUUAGUGCUGUUGCAUCAUUAGCAGUGAUAGCAGGUAUAUUAAAGAAAUAUACAAAUAAAAGAAAACUAAUAGCAAUAUUAUUGAUGAUAAUGUCAAUUUCAUCUUUGGUGUUAUUUUAUUUUUGUCUUAUUAGUGAGAAUAAAAUUGCAAUAUAUAUAUCUAUAGGUAUAGUAGGAUUAUUUAUUAUGCCAAAUGUUCCAUUAUUAAUGGAUAUGAGUUGUGAUUCGAUAUUUCCUAUAAAUGCAAGUUUUGCAGUUGGAAUAAUGUAUAUAGGAUCAAGAAUAUUUUUAGUAUUAUUUUCAUAAUUUUUGGCAAUUGUAGUAGGUGGUUCUGAUAGCAACAAAGGUAGAGUCACUCUUACAUUUUCUAUCGAAGUGAUUGUUUUGUUGUGUUCAGUUACUAUAUUUAGCUUUACAAAUAUAAAACGUAAAACAGCAGUAAUUGAAGAAGAUUUAUUAGAUGAUUAAUCUAAUUAAAAGAAUUCUUUUUGUGAGAAUGCUACUUAGACUCUAAUAAUGGAAUCAACAUAAUAAACUCCUCAAGUCAAUGUUUAAAAAAGAUCUAUAUUAGAAUUAAAUAAGAAAUCUUGA